CUCAUCUUUUACUUUGUUUUGUUUUACUACAUGACCCAGAAUUCAUUGCAGCGCAGGUCGCACGUGACGUCACGAACCGGAGAAGCCGACAGCCCCGUAUCAAAAACAAGCAGCUAAGUUAGCGUUAGCUAGCUCCCCAGACAGUUGGCCCGCAGCCGGCGGAUAGUCACCUCAACUUUUGGGAAGCAACUUUUAGAACAACACGAGUUGUUGAUUGCAGCUGAACAGACCAACUUUCCCCCGUAAAGUCAUGGCGUGUGGAGCCACCCUGAAGAGGACCAUGGAUUUCGAUCCGCUGAUGAGUCCUACGUCCCCUAAAAGAAGAAGAUGUAUCCCCGUGUCCCCAUCGUCCUCAUCUCCUAGGAAGUACCUUAGCAUGGAGCCUUCGCCAUUUGGGGAAUCGUCGUCAAGGCUUAGAGCAGAACAAAUCCUCAACAGCAUCAAGCAGGAGUACAAACGCAUUCAAAAAAGGAAGCAUCUAGAUGGAGGCUACCAUCAGUCAGAGUGCGGCUAUUCUCCAGGGUCCCCAUCCCAGUCGUCUACUAUGAAUGUUUCCAGCAUGCCAGGAACGUCCUCUGGAAGCGUUUCUCCUACUAGAAAAGAACAGCCAUUAUUCACCCUCAGACAAGUUGGAAUGAUCUGUGAACGCCUGCUGAAAGAAAGGGAAGAGAAGGUGCGGGAGGAGUAUGAGGAGACCAUGACUUCAAAACUGGCAGAACAAUAUGACACCUUUGUGAAGUUCACACAUGAUCAGUUAAUGCGACGAUUCGGGGAGCAACCUGCAAGCUAUGUUUCCUGAGUGUGGCCCAGAAAUCUUUGCAAGACGGCCUUCUCUUGCUGCAAGCUAUCAUGUGAUAUCUCAAGAAAGAAGAAAAACCUCAUUAAGAGAUUCAGUUUAGCUAGUUUAAAUGAAACUUUUCUUACUGUGCCAUAUUUCUGUCUUUGGGCAAAGGUUUAUAUAUAAAGCUGUUGUCAGUUGUUACCUCUCUGUUGUAAGCAACUAGGUGCUUCCUUAUGUAAAUGAAUGGAUCCUAUCUCUACCAGUGGCCUAUGUUCCUCCUGCUGUACGUGUAUCUACAGUUAUCUCACUUUUGUAAUGAUUCCCAGCAUUCCAGGCUUUGUCACUUAUUUUGUUCGUUACAUGUAAAUAUGAUAAAGCAGUGCAAGAGUUUUACUUAAGGUUUGCUGGUCAAUCUGCGAGGUAGUGGAAGAAACACAGCAGAACAGAGAAUAUGUUUGCAGUUCAUGUUCAUUGCUUUUUAAAAAUGGGCUAAUUUGAUUAAUUUUUUUUUGUUCUCCCUACCAGUGUUUUAUUUAUUUUGACUUUUGUUUUGCCGGUAUUACUUUGAAACCAAUGUACUUAUUGGAAAAAAACAAUAAAAAUCUUUUAAGUUGU